GUUUGAGACAUCACGUGUUUCGUUUGGCUCUGUUCAAAACUGAUGAGAAAUAAUCAGUUAAAAAUAGUGAAAAACAGUUAGGUACUUUUAUUCUGAAAGCGCCGUAGUACACCGGAAGUGAUAUGGUCAGGGUGCGGAAGUUGCGUGCCAAGCUUGUUCUCAAAUUCAGCAGCAGGUUUGUGGUCUCCUGACAUGGCUGUAGACUGGAUUGGGUUCACCUAUGCUGCUCUGGUGUCAGCAGGAGGAAUCAUGGGUUAUGUUAAAGCAGGCAGCGUCACCUCUCUGGCUGCAGGGCUCCUUUUUGGCCUGCUGGCUGCAGUCGGUGCUUAUCUGGCAUCUCAAAAUCCCAAGAAUGUCUGGCUUUCACUUGGCACCUCGGGGACACUGGCCGUGGUGAUGGGACUGCGAUUUCUCAACUCGUGGAAGUUCAUGCCAGCUGGUUUAAUGACUUUAGCAAGUGGACUGAUGCUGGUGAAGAUCAUCACUGGGAUGCUAAAGAAAACACAUACAACUUGAAAAUACACAUAUAUGUACUCUUUCUGUGUGUCUGUGCAUAUU